AGCGUGGGGUCAGCUGUCUGGCUGCAGUUUCAGGCGGCGUGUGGCUGAGCUCCGCCCACUGGGCGUCACCCGGCAGCCUAAUGUGAGCAGCUGCAGCUCCAAGUGGUGUCAGAUACAGAACAGGAGCGCGCUUUGUGCUUGGCUGGCUGUCUGGCUGCAGGAUCCGUCUGUCUGUCUCUAUAAACCGCAGAUGGUCGGCCACUGAGCCCAGAGCAUGGACCGAGCCGUGACCCAAAGCAUCACCCCGGAGCCGGGCCAGCCCGAGGCCUCCAUCUCCUGCCUGCCCUUCUAUGACUCGUCCCAUGCCCUCCGCCUGCUGCGGGGCAUCCACGAGCUGCGGGCCGAGCACAAGUUCUUCGACAUGACGGUGAGCGCCGGCGGGCAGGACUUCCCGUGUCACCGCACCGUGCUGGCCGCCGCCAGCAACUACUUUCGCGCCAUGUUCGCCGGCCGACUGCGGGAGAGCCAGGCCGAGCGCGUUGAGCUGCACCAGGUCACCGGGCCUAUACUGGGCCUGCUGCUCGACUUCUGCUACAGCGGCCGGGUCACCGUCACCCAGGAGAACGUGGAGCUGCUGCUACAGGCCGCCGACCUGCUGCAGUUCCCCUCGGUGAAGGAGGCGUGCUGCGCGUACCUGGAGCAGCAGCUGGACAUCAGCAACUGCCUGGAGAUCCAGGACUUUGCCGAGGCUUACGCCUGCCGGGGCCUGGCCGAAAGCACCAAGCGCUUCAUCCUGGCGCACAUGCCGCAGCUGGCCCAGGCCCGCGAGCUCGAACGGCUGCCCUGGAAGCGCCUGCUCGAGUUCAUCCGCGACGACCGCCUCUGCGUGGACAAGGAGGAAGCAGCCUACCAGCUGGCGGUGCGCUGGGUCCGGGCCGACCUGCCGAGGCGGCAGCACCGCUGGCCCGAGCUCUUCCAGCACAUCCGGCUGCCCUUCAUCCGCCGUUUCUACCUGCUGGCGCACGUGGAGAGCGAGCCGCUCGUCUACCUGAGUCCUGCCUGCCUCAAGCUGGUCGGAGAGGCCCGCGCCUUCCAGUCGUGCGAGUAUGACCGACACGACCGGCCCUGCGAGCGCAUGAGGCCGCGGCCCUCCACCGGCCUGGCUGAGAUCCUGGUGGUGAUCGGCGGCUGCGACCAGGACUGCGACGAGCUGGUCACCGUGGACUGCUACAAUCCCCACAGCGGCCAGUGGCGGUACCUGGCCGAGUUCCCUGAGCACCUAGGAGGCGGCUACAGCAUGGCGGCCCUCGGCAAUGACAUCUAUGUCACGGGCGGCUCUGAUGGAUCUCGGCUUUAUGACUGCGUGUGGAGGUACAAUUCCAGCGUGAAUGAAUGGACAGAAGUGUCGCCGAUGCUGAAGCCGCGAGAGUACCACAGCUCCACGGUGCUGAAAGGGCUGCUGUACGUCAUUGCCUCGGACAGCACGGAGCGUUACGACCACAGCGUAGACUCGUGGGAGUCCCUGCGGCCCAUGCUCUACCCGAUGGACAACUGUUCCACCACGUCCUGCAGGGGAAGGCUGUACGCAAUCGGCUCCCUAGAAGGCAAAGAAACCAUGGUCAUGCAGUGCUACGACCCCGACACCGACCUCUGGACCCUCGUGAACUGCGGGCUGCUGCCACCCUGGUCGUUUGCACCCAAAACGGUGACCCUAAACGGCCUUAUCUAUUUUGUAAGGGAUGAUUCAGCCGAGGUGGACGUCUACAGCCCAAUGAAGAACGAAUGGGAUAAAAUCCCGGCCAUGAAACAGGUUCACGUCGGAGGAAGUCUGGCGGCUCUCGGCGGAAAGCUCUAUGUGUCCGGCGGCUACGACAACACGUUCGAGCUCUCUGAUGUGGUGGAAGCCUUCGACCCCGAAACGAGAACGUGGAACGUCGUGGGCCGUCUCCCCCAGCCCACUUUCUGGCACGGCAGCGUUAGCAUAUUUCGGCAGUUUAUGCCUCACACGCAGUACAGCUUUGAUGGCGUUCCGUUAGACAAUGCGAACCACGAGAGAAACACCAUCAACCUCAACCGAAGGAGACAGCACUUGCACAACCACAACCUUAACGAACUGCAUCGGCGAUGACCAACUCUCGGGGUCUUCUUGCCACCGGGGUAAUUGGAAUGAAUGCAUUCAGCCGUGGUUAUAAGCCGCGCUGUCUUUAUAGCGAAAGAACUUGGCUGUCUAUUUUAAUAAGAAAACAGAGAAAGGUACUCUAGGUGUAGAGAUGAUCUAAAUGUCCAGAAAUGCUGCUGUUUCUAAAGAGAGAGCUUAGUCAUUAGAACAUAUAUUUUUCUAGUAAACCUAAAAAUGAUUUGAAUUACACUUGAACACCCCGUUUCCCACGAUGUCUUCUUAGUGUUGUGUGUUAAUGCAUGCUCCCGGUAUCUUCAUUGUAUCCGUUGUGCCCGACACUAUGUAUACUGACAGCAUGGACUGAUUAGUCACAUUGUUUAAACGCAGUCUAUACCGUGUAACCGUCUCUUGAGGUUUUCAGUUUUGUUGCUGGCCGGAGGUGCUCUAUAGAUUGUCUCGGUUCCAGGGACCGGAUUUCCAUCGUCCUGAUGUCCAUGUGGCCCCUGCUGUCUUUGGGUCCAUUU